CUUUCAGUUAACUUACUGAUGCAUGAUAUUUGGACUAUAUCUGACAUAUCAUCUGCAGUGAACAGAAUCAUACUGAGAAAUAUGGCUAAAGCAUUUUUCUUCGUCUUGAUGAUGACUCUAACUUCAUUUUCUGUAGCUUGUCAUGCACAAGUGAGUGAUGCCUCGGUGAAUCUCUUGAAGAAUUGCAGAUUUAAUAAGAUAUUUCAGUUCGGAGAUUCUCUUUCGGACACGGGAAAUAUAGCCAUUGAGGUUCCCAACAUCAUUUCGGCCAAGCUGCCUUAUGGUUUCAUGUCUAAUUUCUCCAAGCCCACCGGCCGGUGCUCAAACGGUCUCCUUAUGAUCGACUACAUUGCAAAGGCAGCAGGACUUCCGUAUCUGCAUCCGUAUAUGAAUCGAAAUGCACAUUUUAAACAUGGAAUAAAUUUUGCUGUGGCCAGCUCUACUGCAAUGUCAGUGGAAGAUCUGGCCAAGAGAAAUAUUACUGUAAAUGAUAAGACUAGUAAUAGUUCUCUCCAAGUGCAGAUCGAUUGGAUGUCUGAUUUUCUCGCGACUUAUUGCAUGCCUGGACGAGAUUGUGAAUCCAAGCUCAAAAUGGCCUUGUUUAUGAUGGGAGAGACCGGAGGAAAUGACGUGAAUGCUGCUCUGUUGAAUAGAAAGUCGGAUAAAGAAAUUAAGGCCCUCUUUCCAGCCGUUGUGGAAACCAUAAUGAACGCGACCAGGCAAAUUAUCAAGUUUGGGGCACGGACGAUUGUGAUUCCAGGAAACCUUCCAAUUGGUUGUUUGCCGGUUUAUCUAGCAAUGUAUGGAACCAAAGGCGCUGCACAUGACAAAAAUCAUUGCCUGAGGAGGCUAAACCACCUAGCCAUUCAUUACAACAGGCAUUUGCAAAAUGGAAUUAGUCGGUUGAGAGCUGAGCGCCCAGGCGUCAAAAUAAUAUAUGGGGACCUUUAUAAUGCAUUUGAAUGGCUUAUUGAUCAUGCUCCAGCUCUAGGUUUUGAUGAAGAUUCAUUGCUGAUAGCUUGUUGCGGAGCUGGGGGGAAAUACCAUGUCGGAGGAUUUGCAAAAUUUUGUGGAUCACGAGGAGUUUCAGUGUGUUCGAAUCCAGAUGGACACUUAAACUGGGAUGGAGUUCAUCCAACACAAAAAGCAAACAAGUAUUUGUCAUCAUGGCUUAUUAAAGACAUGUUACCAAAGCUGGAUUGCCCUUCAUCUUGAUUAAUUACCCACCUCUUGUAGUUUUGAUUAGGAUUAAUUAGUAGUUGGAUUAUUUUAAUUUGAUUAGGAUGGAGAGCUGGGGAGUAGAUUGUAGGUUCCUAGGCUCAUGAAUAAAUAGUUGUUGCUUCUAGGAGUUUGCAGAGAAGGCCAGGAGAAUUUGUUUUUUGUUUCUUCUGGACAAUGAAAAAUGUUUCCUCUGAAUUUGUGUAAAUAAGCUUUCGCUUC